UUUUGAAGCCCCUUAUUUAACUUCCGUUACGGUGCACGUCUCGAAGCAGCGCGUGUAGCUUUUUCCCCUCCCUCAUACUUGAGCCCGUGUGCGUACCCGUUUUAAAGUGGAAAAUCCAGUGUCGUGAUCGGAUUAUAGAUAUUAUUUUAUCAAAAACGUGCAUCGGCCGCCAUUCUACCAGCGUGAGGACGGCCCUAAUGGCAGCUGUUAGCAGCAUUAGCCCUGUGAAUAAAAUGUAUAGGGCAUGUUUCCACGCAGCUCGGCAAGCGUCUGCCCUAAAGGCGUCAAGGUUGCUUCACCACAGGACCUUCAGAGUCAACGCUGCACUCAGACAGCAACCGUUUGACUCCACACUGGAGAAGCCUCAGUUUCCUGGCGCUUCGGCAGAGUAUGUGGACCACCUGGAGUUCAUCGAGCCCAACGUCAUCUCGGGCAUCCCAGUAUACCGGGUCAUGGACCGCCAAGGCAACAUCAUCAACCCCUCCCAAGACCCUCAGCUCUCUAAAGAAACGGUUCUGAACUUCUACCAGAAGAUGACACUGUUGAACACAAUGGACCGCAUUCUUUAUGAAUCUCAGAGACAGGGCAGGAUUUCUUUCUACAUGACCAACUAUGGCGAGGAGGGCACACACAUUGGCAGCGCCGCCGCUCUAGAUCCGACCGACAUGGUCUUUGGACAAUACAGAGAAGCUGGGGUGCUGAUGUAUCGCGGCUUCCCCCUGGAUUCCUUCAUGGCUCAGUGCUACGCCAACACCGACGACCUGGGCAAAGGCCGCCAGAUGCCAGUCCACUACGGCUCACGGGACCUCAACUUUGUCACCAUCUCGUCGCCGUUGGCCACGCAGAUCCCGCAAGCGGUGGGAGCCGCGUACGCCUUCAAGCGGGAGAACAUCAACCGAGCUGUGAUUUGCUACUUCGGCGAGGGGGCGGCCAGCGAGGGGGACGCCCACGCCGGCUUUAACUUCUCGGCCACGCUGGAGUGCCCCAUCAUCUUCUUUUGCCGUAACAAUGGCUACGCCAUCUCCACCCCCACCAAUGAGCAGUAUCGUGGCGACGGCAUCGCUGCUCGCGGUCCGGGCUACGGCAUGCUGUCAAUCCGCGUGGACGGCAACGACGUUUUUGCCGUGUACAACGCCACCAAGGAGGCUCGGCGCAGAGCCGUCGCCGAGAACCAGCCCUUCCUCAUUGAGGCCAUGACGUACAGGAUCGGCCACCACAGCACCAGCGACGACAGCUCGGCGUACCGCUCGGUGGACGAAGUCAACUAUUGGGACAAGCAGGACCACCCCAUCUCACGCCUUCGCCACUACAUGGCGUCCAGGGGCUGGUGGAGCGAGGAGGACGAACGCACCUGGCGCAAACAGUCGCGCAAGACCGUUAUGGAGGUGUUCGAACGGGCCGAGAAGCGUUUGAAACCGAACCCGGAGCUGCUCUUCACCGACGUCUACGAGGAAAUGACGCCCGCCCUCAACAAGCAGCGAGAGUCGCUCAUGCGGCACAUGCAGCAGUACAAGGAGCAUUACCCUCUCGACCUCUACGACAAAGACUCGGGCUGAAGACUUUUUACUAGUGGGGUUCUCAAACUUGGGUCUCCGAAAUAAUUUGCAAUAAAUUGUCAUGUCAAAAAAAAAAAAACAUGCAUACCUACCUAUCGUUAGCCUAAUGGCAUAAUUGCCUAUGCCGGUUCGAAGCUACACUCCAAAUAGCAAUGAAACAGGAAUGUGCUUGCUAAAUAUUGAUUUUUUUCAUGUCUUUGUAACUGAACAUUUGUUUGUUUUUUGUUUUCCUGGUACUUUCCUGAAAACCUUCAAAUGUGUCUUGAGGGCGAAUGCUAUUAUGCUAACGAUAUGGAAACAGGCUAAUUCUGACUUCCGACGUUAGUUUUGGACCAAUUAAAAACGAGAAAGAAAAAUGUGAGAUACAGGAUUGUUACAUUUCAGAAGAAUUUUUUUUUCUACAAAGACACUUUACAGAAUUGGUAUUUUUUACAAACAAAUGUGAGAAAAGUUUGAGAACCCCAACUUUCUAGUCUACUUAUGCACAACAAUGUAGUUUUGAUGAGUGGGAUGUUCUGCUCGGUGCCUUACGGUUAGCACACUUCCUUGUCAUUUAUCACUAAAUGCAAACAGACGGAUGUCGACAUCGUGCGUAGAUAGAAGUAAUAUACUUUUGUUUGUUCGGACUUUAGCGGUUGUGUGAAACUGUUGCAAAAAUCAAUAGCACACCAAGGUAGCUCCUCUCCUGCACUUUGUUUUGUGUGAAAAUAAAAGAUUCAACUUGA